UAUACUCUCUGAUCCAUACGUUUAUGUUAUUCCUUCCUUCCCGUGGUGCCGUAGUCCUUUUACGCCAUACUUGAUUAAGUGAGCGUGACUACGUUUCGUGUCUACCCUAGACUUAAACAAUGCGUUACGUGGCCGCUUACCUGCUUGCUGCCUUGGGGGUAAAAGGAGGCAACCCCUCAGCCGCAGAUGUUGAGAAAAUUCUGAGCAGCGUGGGUAUCGAAGCUGAAGCCGACAAGGUGAAGAAAGUCAUAAGCGAGCUUGGUGGCAAGGACCUCGAGGAACUAAUUGCAGAAGGAAGUAAGAAGCUUGCAUCUGUUCCAUCUGGAGGUGCUGUUGCAGUCAGUGGUGGAGCUGCUCCUGCGGCCGCUGCACCUGCUGCCGCUGCUGCAAGUAGUGCACCUGCAAAAGAAGCCAAGAAAGAAGAGAAAAAGGCUGAAUCAGAAGAGUCUGACGAUGACAUGGGUUUUGGUCUGUUUGAUUAAACCUGUUACCUGCACAUAACAACAUGAACAUAAAUGCAUUCAUCAGUCAAUAAAGACUUUUUCUUUUA